GAGACCCCAAUUCGCACAUAAAACGGAUUUUCGGACAUCGAUUCUCACUUCUCAGAGGAAUUAUAUAAUUUUUUCUUUCUACUUUAUUAUUUUUUAUGUGAAGUGUCCACGUUUGCUGGAAUUUUGGGGCUGAAAAUGCCAAAAAAUUGUGCAACUUUUUGAAAUUUUAUUUCGUGCUUCACCUAAUGAGUCAAUGUUUCAACGUCGACCCAAGACACCCAUUAAUGGCAGCGUUAGAAUAUAGUGACCUCUCUGAACUUUACCUUUCUAUAUGAAUAUUCGCCUCCAGAGAAAGAGAGAGAGAAAUCAAAUUGAAACCAUCAAAACCAGGCUCGAUUUCAAGGUAGGGAGAUUUCAGCAAAGAGAUGGCUGAACGGAGGAAAGUACGGCCGGAUUGUAUUUAUGGUUCUAAUCCCUUUCAUGAAUGCUCUGAAUAUUGCAUAAGAAAAACUGCUGAAAGCAAGGCAGAAAAGGAUAGAAAGUCUAGAGCAGGAUCUUUUAGACUUGAUAUUUCCAAAUCUUUUGGAAGGAAGAAGGGGUCUCGACCAAAGCCACCAAAAGAAGUUGAUGGUCGACGCUACUCAAGCACGGUUUCUACCGAAGCUGGCUCACUUAACUCACGUGUCUCUCCUAAGAAACCUUUAGAAUCAAGAAAUGGUGGUCAUAUCUCCCCUGCCAAAAGAUUUUAUUCUGAUGAAAUUCAUCCUGAAGAUCCUACUCUUAGUGCUGAGCAACACGACUCGUCUCGAAUUUCCUCAUAUGAAAGUCUCAUAAUGCCUGAAUAUCCAGAGGAUGUUUUAAAUAAGAGUGCAAUGCGGAUUCCCCCACCGACAACUAUUAAUAAGAACGGGGACGUGAACCAUGAAACAUUAUUAAAGGAGGAUCUUACACCUAACGGUGACAACACUAAAGAAGACUAUCCAAAGGCAUCCAGAGAAUCUAGCUUUAGUUUGUCUGGCUUGGAGCAAACUCUAGUAGACAGCGACGAGGGAGAGAUUGAGUCUGUAAAUUCUGAACUGUGUGUUCCCGUGGGAAAAUACAAUGUAAAAGCCAGCUUUUCCCCCAUCCUGACGUUGGUCUUUGAUAAGUAUGGAGAUAUCGCCGCUACCUGUAACUUGGAAUCAGUUUCCAUGCGCUCUUACUAUCUAGAAUGUGUGUGCUACGUGAUUCAAGAGUUGCAAUCCACUGAAUUUCAUCAGCUGACCAAGUCCAAAGUUAAAGAACUCCAAGCUAUUCUCAAGGAUGUCGAGUCCUCACAGAUGGACGUUGGGUGGCUAAGAAGCCGCCUCAACGAAAUUGCCCAAGCUGUUGAGCUGAGGAGUCAGAAUCGGACCGUCGAAGCUGCAAAAGCAGACUGUGAGCAUGAUUUGGAAUCAACAAAGAAAGAACUAGAGUCCCAAAUGGAGGAUUUGGCUAGAAAAGAAAAAGAACUCUCUGAUGCAAAGUCACAAGUUGCAGAAACCCGAGCUCGGUUAAGUGAAUUGGAGGUGAAAUCAUCUCAGCUGAAAGACAUGAUAACAUCCCUCAACUCCAAGGUAGAAAAUUUGAGAUGCAAAUCAUUUUCUGAUGAUCUUUUAUGAUUAGGGAAAGAAUUAGUAGUAAAUUAUAUCAUCACUCAUAGAUCAUCUCAUUCUGCCAUUUAGUUAUAUAGAUGUUUGUAAUGCUAAAUAACUUAAAGCUGUAUCAUGUUCACUUCGUGUUCAAGUGUAGGGUUUGAGAUUUCUCCAACUUCCCAUUUUUUUUAAAAGCUUAAGCUUCUGGGUUUUGUUUGUUUA